GCUAGAGCCCAGCCGAGGGGUGCCAGGAGGCGGGAGCGCGACCGACUCUCGCCGCUCGCUGCUCCCUGAUCGUCCCGCCGGACGUUCCCCGGGGACCCGCGUGCGGAGCCCGGGUUCGAGCGACUCUUCCCGCCCCCCCCCGCCACCUCCCCGGAGCGGGGAUCCAACCCCCGGAGCAAACCCCCAGGAACACUCCAGCCAUGGCCCUGGGACUGUUCCGGGUGUGUCUGGUGGUGGUGACCGCCGUCAUCAACCACCCUCUGCUGUUCCCGCGGGAGAACACCACGGUGCCCGAGAACGAGGAGGAGAUUAUCCGCAAGAUGCAGGCGCACCAGGAGAAGCUGCAGCUGGAGCGGCUGCGCCUGGAGGAGGAGGUGGCGCAGCUGGCGGCCGAGAGGGAGGCCCUGGAGGGGCGGGGCGCGGAGGAGGGCCCGCAGCCGCAGGACGCCCGCACGGCCUGGGACAUCUGGAGCACCCUGUGCAUGAUCCUCUUCCUGAUGAUCGAGGUGUGGCGGCAGGACCACCAGGACGAGCCCUCCCCCGAGUGCCUGGCCGCGGACGAGGACGAGCUGCCCGGCCAGGAGGGCGCGCCUCUCCCCGGCCUCGCGCUUCCCGGCAAGAGCACGCUGGGCCACUUCUACGAGCGCUGCAUCCGGGGCGCCACGGCCGACGCCGCCCGCACCCGGGAGUUCGUGGAGGGCUUCGUGGACGACUUGCUGGAAGCGCUGAGGAGCCUGUGCAACCGGGACGCGGACAUGGAGGUGGAGGACUUCAUCGGCGUGGACAGCAUGUAUGAGAACUGGCAGGUGGACAAGCCGCUGCUGUGCCAGCUCCUCGUGCCCUUCACGCCCCCGGAGCCCUACCACUUCCACCCCGAGCUCUGGUGCUCCCGCCGCUCGGAGCCCCUGGACCGCCAGGGCUACGGCCGGAUCAAGGUGGCGCGUGCCGACGAGGACGCGCUGGGCUGCGUGUGCGGCAAGACCAAGCUCGGGGAGGACAUGCUGUGCCUCCUGCACGGCAAGCACCGCGGGGAGGCGGCGGGCGAGCUGCUGUGCGCCCCCGACGCGCCCUACCUGGACGCGCUGCAGGUCAUGAAGUGGUUCCAGACGGCCCUCACCCGGGCCUGGCACCGCAUCGCCCAUAAGUACGACUUCGACCUGGCCUUCGGCCAGCUGGACACCCCCGGCUCCCUGAAGAUCAAGUUCCGCUCCGGGAAGUGCAUGCCCUUCAACCUGAUCCCGGCCGUCCAGUGCGACGACUCGGACCUGUACUUUGUCUCCCACCUGGCGGCCAGGGAGCCAGCCGCGGCAGCGGCAGCGGCCUCGGCGAUGCCCGGCACCGACUGGCUGCUGUCCUUCGCCGUGUACGAGCGCCGCUUCCUCAGGAUGACGUCCAAGGCGCUGCCCGAGGGCGCCUGCCACCUCAGCUGCCUGCAGAUCGCCUCCUUCCUGCUGUCCAAGCAGAGCCGCCUGACGGGCCCCAGCGCGCUGGGCAGCUUCCACCUGAAGACGGCCCUGCUGCACCUCCUGCUCGCACGCCGGCCGGCCGACUGGAGGGCCGCGCAGCUGGACGCGCGUCUGCACGAGCUGCUCCGCUUCCUGGAGAAAAGCCUGCUGGAGAAGAAGCUCCAUCACUUCUUCAUGGGCAACCGCAAGGUGCCGGCCUCUCUGGGGCUGCCCGAGGCCGUGCGCCAGGCCGAGCCCCUCAACCUCUUCCGGCCCUUCGUGCUGCAGCGCAGCCUCUACCGGAAGACCCUGGACUCCUUCUACGAGAUGCUCAAGAACGCACCCGCCCUCAUCAGCGAGUACUCCCUCCACGGCUCUGCAGACCCCGCCGGCCCGCCCCACAAAGCCGGCGUCUUGUGAGCGUCCAGCGCUCAGGCCAGCACACCUCACCCGGGCCCAGGCAGCGGGCCGUGUGCACCACCGGGGGAGCCAGGAGUGGGAGCGGGAGCGGGAGGAGGCGGAAUUCCAAGCCGGGAGUAGGUUCGCUUUCCUGCCG